ACUUUUCUACGCAUGCGCACUGGUGCAACCGGUGACCUCAGGUUGUCGCAUGGAUACACGCUUGCUAGCAUUAGCGGGGUGUUUUACAAGGAGCUUGGUAGUUGUUUGAAAAAAUAUACUCUAUUUUUCAUUGUCGACAUUAUAGCGUCUAAGGUUUUGUUUCGUCUGUUAACGCCGUGUCCCACUCGCAACGGGACCCGAGGGAAGUCAUGGCAGGAAUCGAGGAGCUUUCACCAGCUGCGGGCCCGGUGGCAACCCGGCCCCCUGAGGAUGAAAUUGACGACGACGAAGACGAUGAUGACCUCGAUGAGACUCUGGUGGAGCGGUUGUGGGGCCUGACAGAGAUGUUUCCCGACACAGUUCGCACGGCCGCCGAGUUCUCCGCACAGUGUUCGGUCUCGCUGGCUAAAAAGUUUUACAGUUUUUCUCGCUCGGCCCUCUGGGUGGGAACGACCUCCUUCAUGAUCCUGGUGUUGCCUGUUGUGUUUGAGACGGAGCGGCUACAGCUGGAGCAGCAGCAGUUACAGCAGCAGCGACAGAUCCUGUUGGGGCCGAACACUGGAAUGUCUGGUGGGGUGCCGGGCAUGAUGCCGUCAGCCCCCGGAAAGAUGUGAGCGACAUACGUGGCCGGCUCCAAGCUUGAGAUCUGCUGCUGCUUAUUAUGCCGGGCCGGUGGCCAGAAAUGGAAACGGAGAGACCGUGGGGAAAUGCAAAGAACUGCUGUAACUACAAACGAAAACCGGCCUAAACUCCACAUCGGUCACGCUACUUUUAGGUCACUCCAUCACUCUUGGCUCGUCAAAUCCAAUGCUAAGAAGAUGUGUCUUGACGUGUUUGUCUCACUGUCUCUCCUUAUUCCAACAUCACACGGAGACUGAUUUUCAGGAGCACGGCUUCCACUUUUUUCCCCUCCUUAAUAAAUAUAUGUAAAGAUAAGUAUAUCAUUCUGACUAAAUUGUUGUAAAGGAAACCGAGAAAAAGGGGCGAUAGAAUGGAAAAUAGAGCAACAGGAUACAGACUGUGAGUCCUUUUUUUUUUUUUUUAAUUCUGAAAUGAGAUUCUCCGAACCAUUCCUUCGCUCGUCAGUGUAGGACGUGUUUUAAUCUCAGACACUGCUCUGAGUCAUGUGAUAAGUGACAUUACGUUCAACAUUUGUUUAUAGGAAAUAAACAUGUCUCUGAAGCUUCCUUGAGCUGAUUGA